UUUCAUUUAUUACUAUAGUUUUGCUUAAAUACGGUUUAUUCUUUUUAAGUGAGUAUAAAUUUUGAACAUUUGUGGAGCCAAAAGUGAACAUUUUAUAAGUACAAAAUGUUGUUCUCACCUGGUUUAGCUCUUCUUUUCUUCACAGUUACCACUUACAUUUCAGCGACUCCGCCUUUUGGACCACGUAUUUUUUUGGGAACUCCUGCUCGCACAGUUAAUCCAUAUCAAGUUUCUCUGCAAUAUAUGGAUCAACAUUUUUGUAGCGGUGCAAUAAUUCACAAAUCUUACAUUUUAACAGCUGCCCAUUGUUUAACAAACAUACGAGUAAAUAUAGCUCAAAUAGUAAUUAGAGCUGGAAGCAUAUUUUUACACGAGGGAGGAAGUCUUCGACAAGUCUGUGAUGGAGAAAUACAUCCUUUUUACUUUGAAUCUGCAGAAUAUGAUAACGACAUUGCCAUUUUAAAACUUUGUGACGACUUGACUUUCAAUGAAAACAUUUCUGCGAUAGCUCUGCCACGGAAUGAGGAAAUUAUAAAUGAUGGAACAGUAGGAUUAGUAGCCGGAUGGGGAACAACAGAAAAACAAGAUACAUCACCUAUUCUUCGAUAUACUAAAUUUGUUACUCUUAAUCAGGAAACUUGUCGCCAAUACUGGACAAGUAAAGGUGGUGACAAUAUUACAAGUAAUAUGUUUUGUAUUACUUGUGCAGAAAAUUAUUUAUGUAGUCCAUGUCCAGGAGAUUCUGGUGGACCAUUUGUUGUUGACAAUAAAGUAAUAGGAAUAGCGUCAUUAGCAUCAUAUUGUAGCGACUAUAGACUCUUAUACGCAUCAGUUUUUACUAAAGUUUCAAUGUUUAUAGAAUGGAUUGAAUGCAUCAUUAAUUCUUAAGUCCCGUUUAGAGACAGUUGUGUAACAUGUAUAGAUAUACAUAUACAGAUAUUAUUGAUAAACAAUAUUUUUACUAGAUAACAAUACAAUACCACACUUUUGUUUGUUCCAACUUAAAUUUUUGAUUUGUCAACAAAGUGCAUGACCAAGAAAUCAUUUAUUAUUAAAUUUAAUUUCGCAAUAGUUAUUAACGUUCGAUUAUUUCAAUAACUUUUCAUUUUGAAAACUGAAUAUUAAGAAAAAACUUUGUUAAUAAAAUAAGUAAUAUAGACAAAAAUCUAGUCUUGUUGGCUCCUUACCUAAAAGACCUCAAAUUCCUUUUUCUUCUUGAGAAGGAGAAUUAGAAGAUACAAAAGCAAGAUUCUGUACAAAUGGCAUAAUUUAAUUUUUUAUUUUUUAGUAGAUGAAAGAGCAUUAAUUCAUUACUGAAAUGAAUAGAAAGCAUAAUCAAUUCUUAUAAUAUUGCUUUAAAAUAUUUGUUUAAUGUUCAAUUAUCUGUUUCCGUUGUUUAUAAGAUUAAGCCGAAAA